AUUCCAUCAUUUCUUGAUCCAUUCAAACGGAGAUGCUAUUCGUUCCAUCAUUACGGCCUGUUGUGAAAGCCAGCAGUACAGCUCGCCGGUCAUACAUCGAACUCUCUAAGCUUGCUCAUUCUAGGAACAACUACGCGACCUCGAGACCAACUCACAGCCUCAUUAGAUUCUGUUAUCGUCAGACAUCUAUAGAGCAUCCAAUCAAAUCGCGAAGAUGUUACAGUCAGAUUGGCGAUCAGGCAAAAAAUGACUCUGGAAAAUCUAUCUCUGCAUUCAUUAAUUCAUUCGACUUUCCAGCAUCUACUCAUGAGAUUACAAAGCUCUCGGUUGGAGACGAAGUUGUCGUACAUGGCUAUCUUGGACCAAUAUUCAAUCGCUCGAAAAAUCUCUCGUUUGUUUGGCUGUACGACAGUAAUUUAAAACACGCUGUUCAAAUUGUGUCCUCCGCCCCCAAAGGGAAGGAUGUUACCGAAGGCAGCGCUCACCAGAAACUUCGGGCGUGCACGCAGCAUACACCUGUGGCAAUUCGCGGUAUCGUCGGCAGCAAACCCCCAUCCAAGGAUGGCAAUGCAGAUGGGAGCUCACGCAUUCAAGACGUGGAGAUUCAACUGCAAGAUAUCUGGCCUCUAAACAAAUUUCCGUCGGACGUUAUGAUGGAGACAGACACAGUUUUUGGUGCUGAGCAAAGACAUCUACAGCUCAGAACAACGCCUAGUUUGCGCAACGCACUGAGAUUUCGCUCGAGAGCAGCUCAACUAUGCAGAGAACAACUGCUGUCAAAGGACUUCAUCGAGGUUGAAACCCCUCUUUUGUUCAAGUCUACUCCGGAAGGAGCACGUGAGUUCUUAGUACCUACAAGGCAAAAGGGGAUGGCGUAUGCGUUGCCGCAGAGCCCCCAACAAUACAAGCAAAUUUUGAUGGCGAGUGGCAUACCAAAGUACUUUCAAAUCGCACGGUGUUUCCGGGAUGAAGAUCUUAGAGCUGAUCGACAACCAGAGUUCACACAGCUUGAUCUAGAAAUGUCUUUCGCAAAGGGUGAGCAAGUUAUGGAGGUGAUCGAGCAGUUACUGGUAACUUUGUGGAAGCGGCUCCUCGAUCACGAAAUUCCUCAGCCAAUAAAACGGAUGACAUAUCAUGAAGCCAUGUCGAGGUAUGGUUCUGAUAAGCCAGAUCUUCGCCUCAGCAUGGAGUUACAUAGUGUUGGAGAGCUCUUACCCGUUGAUCUGGUCAGCAAGAUUGGCCCGCUUGCUCGUCCAGCGGUCGACGCAAUGAAAUUAUCUGUUUCCGACAACCCACAACAAACAAAACAAUUUAUUCGAGAAUUCAUGGACUCACCAGAAGCAACACCGUUCCUUACUAAUCCAGAAGGUCAGCCGGGUAUCUUUGUUUACGAUUCGUCACAGCCCCUGAAUGGGUUGUUUGCAUUCGGGUUUCAAACAGCAGAGUAUCUGGAGGAAGUCUUGUCUCUGAAGGACGGUGAUCUAGUCGUUAUCCAAGCUCGUGAGAACAUUCCAUUCACUGGAGGAUUCACGCCAAUGGGUCGACUGCGCCUUGCACUGCACAAAGCCGCUGUCUCGAAGCAAUUGGUUCCUGCGCCUGCAGGCUUCAACUUCGUCUGGAUAACCGAUUUUCCCCUCUUCUCGCCUUCUCCAGAGCCGGGUUUAGGCGAAGGACAAGGAGGUACCUCUGGCCUCUCCUCAACUCAUCACCCCUUCACGUCCCCCAAGUCGGUUGAAGAUGUUAAGCUCUUAUCCACAGACCCACGUAGGGUCGUAGGUGAACACUACGACAUUGUAUGCAAUGGAGUUGAGCUAGGUGGUGGGUCUCGACGUAUCCACUCGGCAGCCAUGCAAGAGUAUGUGCUACGCGAGGUGCUUGGAAUGACUGAAGAACGACUGGCGGACUUCAAGCACCUGAUUGAUGUACUUCGAGUAGGUUGCCCGCCUCAUGCAGGAAUUGCAUUGGGAUUUGAUAGGUUGGUUGCUGUUAUGCUGGGUUUGGAAAGCGUGAGGGAUGUUAUCGCGUUUCCAAAGAGUGGGAAAGGCGAGGACCUGCUGGUCAAGAGUCCUACGCAACUGACAGAGGACCACCUAAGGAUGUAUCAUCUUAGGCUGGACACUAACUGAUGAACGAAAUAGUUCAAUCACCAACAUAUUAGAGCUAUCCAACAACUAUGGUCUUAGAAUAUUUGUAUAAAAGAACCUGUAUAGUUUUAUGUAUACUAGUUAGAAUGGGAGUUAGUUUUGUCAUCCCAAAAAAUUUAAAUAUCACAAGACUUUUCCUCAAAUUAAA